AUGCCGCAGCGUGGUGCUGUUCCCACGCUGCUGCUAAUUGCCGCUCCCCUAGCGGGUGGUGGUGAAGCCUGCCGCAAGGAAUCUCCUCGGCCGAUCUCCCUCAACGCGGCCAUCAUGAAGGAGAAAAGCAAAAACGCAGCUCGCUCGAGGAGGGAGAAGGAGAACGCUGAGUUCCUAGAACUAGCGAAACUGUUACCACUACCAUCGGCCAUAACCUCCCAACUCGACAAGGCAUCGGUUAUACGACUCACGACCAGCUAUCUGAAGAUGAGGCAGGUCUUCCCCGAUGGUCUUGGAGAUGCGUGGGGCGCCGCCCCCCCUCCCCCCCAGCCGAGGGAGCUCUCAAUACGAGAACUCGGAUCUCAUCUGCUUCAGACCCUGGAUGGAUUUAUAUUCGUUGUGUCUCCAGAUGGAAAGAUUAUGUAUAUUAGUGAGACGGCGUCUGUACAUCUGGGACUUAGUCAGGUGGAAUUGACUGGUAACUCUAUAUACGAGUACAUACAUCAGGCUGAUCACGAGGAGAUGUCUGCUGUGUUGAGUUUGCAGCAUCCGCACUCUUAUGCUGGACCACCGGCUGUUGGGUAUCCAGUAGGCGGUACGUGGAGCCCCAACGUGGAUGUUGAGUGUGAGAGAGCGUUCUUCAUCAGGAUGAAGUGCGUGCUAGCUAAGAGGAACGCUGGACUCACUACCUCCGGGUAUAAGGUCAUCCAUUGUUCCGGAUACCUCCGCGCGCGUCGUUUCGGCGAGGGCACGGCUCCACUGGGGCUGGUGGCUGUCGGUCACUCCCUCCCGCCGUCUGCUGUCACCGAGUUGAAACUUCACUCGAACAUGUUCAUGUUCCGAGCCUCGCUGGACAUGAGACUCAUCUUCCUUGAUGCCAGAGUGGCGUCUCUCACCGGGUACGAGCCCCAGGACCUUAUAGAGAAGACCUUGUACCACUACAUACACGGAACAGACGUGCUGCACAUGAGAUACUCACACUGCACGCUGUUGACAAAGGGACAAGUGACGUCACGCUACUACCGCUUCCUGACGAAGUCUGGCGGCUGGGUGUGGAUGCAGAGCUACGCUACCAUCGUACACAACUCACGAUCGUCACGACCGCACUGCAUCGUGUCUGUUAACUACGUGCUGAGUGACAUAGAGGAAAAGAACUUGAUACUCAAUAUAGAACAAGGACCGCCAAAAAUGAACGACACACAACCAGCUAAGAUGAGCCAAAUAAAUGAAGAAUUCAGUGAAAACUACAACUACCCCGAAUACAACCUACCCGCGAUACCCACAUACGACACACACGACGACUACAACGGAUACCAGGAAAUGUUCUACGAGAACUACGGAACUAACGAACCGGAACUACUCAACUACGUGUACCCGCAGAAUCAACGGCCGUUCUCAGCGAGCUCAUCGUCUUGUAGUUCGAUAGAAAGCUCGGAAGUCAAUCAAUAUAACUAUACUAACUUAAUAUCCUUCUACGGACACAACACACAGGGGCAGAGACAAGAGAAUUAUAACUUUACAAAGAAUACGAACUCGCAAGAAGGAUAUACUAGUGUUAUAGUUGAUAACACGCAGUUCCACGCGACUAAUGAGUAUGUACACUGA